AUGGAGAGAGACUCGCCAGACUGCCCACCACACAUGGAGAGAGACUCGCCAGACUGCCCACCACACAUGGAGAGAGACUCGCCAGACUGCCCACCACACAUGGAGAGAGACUCGCCAGACUGCCCACCACACAUGGAGAGAGACUCGCCAGACUGCCUACCACACAUGGAGAGAGACUCACCAGACUGCUCACCACACAUGGAGAGAGACUCACCAGACAGACUGCCCACCACACAUGGAGAGAGACUCGCCAGACAGCCCACCACACAGAGACUGCCCACCACACAUCGCCAGACUGCUCACCACACAGAGAGAGACUCGCUCACCACACAUGGAGGGAGACUGCCCACCACACAUGGAGAGAGACUCGCCUACCACACAUGGAGAGACUGCCCACCACACAUGGAGAGAGACUCGCCAGACUGCCCACCACACAUGGAGAGAGACUCGCCAGACUGCCCACCACACAUGGAGAGAGACUCGCCAGACUGCUCACCACACAUGGAGAGAGACUCGCCAGACUGCCCACCACACAUGGAGAGAGACUCACCAGACUGCCCACCACACAUGGAGAGAGACUCGCCAGAUCGCCUAUCAAAUAUAUAG